UCACAAGUCACAAUAAACAAUACAUAUAUUCCCGAUUCCCCCCUAAAAUUAACCUUCUAUUACCUGUUUUUAAUUCUCUCUCUUUAACACCACACUCUCACUCUCCGCCGCCGCAACUUCCUCCUUCCCCCACCUACCCAAACCCUAACCACCACCUUCCUCUCGGCGAGGAGAGAGAAAAAAACUAACACUACGCACUGCAACCACUAACAAUUCUCCAAAACUCAAUUUCUCUCUUUCUCUCUCCUCGAAUCCUCAAUUUCCUUCCGAUCAACACCAAAACAAACACCAGGGUUUGCGUUAAAAAAAAUGGCAGCACCUGCAGUUCAACCUCCGGCCGACAACAUUCCACCUGCUGACAUUGUUGGAAGUGCGUUCGCAAGGCAGUAUUAUAGUAUACUCCAGCAAUCUCCUGCACUUGUUUACCGGUUCUACCAGGAAAACAGUAAGCUUGGUCGUCCUGAAAAUGCUGAUAUUAUGGGGUUUACUACUACCAUGGAUGCUAUCGAUGCGGAGAUACAGUCUUAUGGAAGUUUGAAGGCAGAUAUAAAGUUUGUUGAUGCGCAAGAAUCCUAUAACGGGGGAGUGAUUGUUCUUGUCACUGGGUCAAUGAUUAAUGCUGAUGAUUCAAGGCGGGGUUUCACUCAGACCUUUUUUCUGGCUCCUCAAGACAAAGGUUUUUUUGUUUUGAAUGACAUGUUUAGAUAUGUUGAAGAUGAUUGUCAUCAGAAUGAGAGGCAGAACGGGUUUGUAGCACUACCCACUCCAAAUCAGGUGUUAGAAGAAGUGCCACCAGUCCAAGAGAAUUACAUUAUGGAAGAGUCCAAUGGAGAAGUUUACAAUCCGCAUGAAAAUGGUGAAGUUCCAGUUGAGGAAGUGGAAGAAGAGGAGCCUGUUGCCGAGGUUGUUAAUGAAGUUCCAAAUGACCCACAGGUUAUUGUGCCUGAGUCAAAAGUUCAGGUUGUGGCUGAAUCAAAUGGUAAGUUUGUGGCUGAAUCAAAUGGAAAGGUUGUGGCUGAAUCAAAUGGUAAGCUUGUGGCUGAAUCAAAUGAUAAAGUUGUUGCUGAACCUCCAAACGACUCACAGACCCCAAAGAGGUCCUAUGCUUCCAUUGUGAUGAAGGAUACUCGUGUUUCUGCACCAUCUCCUAACUUUCCAAAAUCUAUGCCUAAGACUCAAGAGCAACAAAAGACUGUUACAGAAGUCCCUCUAUCAGCGCCCCUACCUUACAGUGCUGAUAUGAUUGAUGAUGGAAAUAACCACGAGGCAGAAGGUGAGGGUUACUCAAUCUACAUAAAGAACUUGCCGUUUAAUAUACCUUAUUCUGUUGUUGAGGAAGCUCUGAGUAGGUUUGGCCCAAUUAAGAAUGAUGGUAUCCAAAUUCGAAAAAAUAAUAGUUUCGGUUUUGGGUUUGUGGAAUUUGAAGCGGCUGGUGCUGCACGAAGUGCCAUAGAGGCUUCACCCAUUAUGAUUGCUGGACGUAGUGUCGUGGUAGAGGAAAAGAAGUCCACCAAUUCCCGAGGACCCUUUCGAGGACGGUUUCCCCCAGGAAGAGGUGGUGGUGGAUUCAGAGGUGAGGGUGGAAGAGGGCGUGGAGGUUAUGGGGGAGGUAGAGGGUAUGGCAGGGGGGAGAACAACAGGAAUGAUUUUGGAAACAGAGGUGGUGGUCGAGGAUACCAUAACCGCAGUGAAGGAUACCAGAGGAAUGAUCAAAAUGGGAAUGGAGCUGUGCAAAUGAAUCGAGGUGGGGGAUCGGGUAAUGGGAAUACAAGGACACAAAGGGUACCUGCACAGGCUUGAGAAACAGUGAAGGAUAUUUGGUAAAGUUUUAUAACUUGAAUUCAAGUGAAUUGUCUACUAGAUUGGAUAGUAUUUAGGGGGGGCAUUAUCUACUUGAUUUUUUUUCUCACUUAUUUGGACAGGAAUAUUUGACUUCACUCUAUUCCUCCAAUUCUAAAUUUUGGUCACUCUGCCUUUUGGAGAUAACAUUAGAUAGUAUAAGAAUGUUUUGAGUACUAAGGUACCCUUUUAAUGUGCAUUGUAGGGGUGAUGUAAGGUCUAAUUUCAGUUGGUAUAUUUAACGACUAUUUAAGACUCGUGUUACCAUCUCGGUUGGAAUUGUGGUAUAGUAUAAUUACUGCUUACUGGUAUUGGAAAUGAUUUGACUUUGGGUUA